UGAUGUAAAGUUUAACUCCAAACAGUAACCCAUGCCAGGAAUUCAACACUGAUCUCUCCUGAAGAAGGUUACACCCACCAAAGUGGUGAUGGCACAUUUUUAAUUGGAAGACGCAAGCUAAGCUAGUGAUGCAAACGAACAGCAAACCGAUAAUAACGGUUUCGAGAACGGAGAUGCGUGAUUCGCCAUUGAAUUUCAUCUCCUGAUUCUAACGAUUUCAGUUAUCGUUUCUUCCUUGAGGAACAAUUCCCCCCGCUAACUCGUAUACGAUGGGCAAUGACUCUGAGGAUGAAGGUAAAACCUCACAGACAGCAAGAUAUCAGAUACCGGGAGUAACGGUUGGAGUAGCCCCCUCGUUUAGAAGUGCCGAACGUGCCGAGAAACGUAAAGAGUUCAAUAUGAAGAUAGAGCAAAAGCAGGAAGCUUUGGAGGCAGAGACGAGGGAAAAUAUAAUAAGAAAAAUGGCGGAGGAACAAGCAGCUCUAAAGGAACUGAGAAAGAGCAUGGUUGUUAAAGCACAUCCUGUUCCAAGUUUUUACCGUGAAGGACCUCCACCAAAAUUUGAACCAAAAAAGUGGAUGUAUAUCUUGAAUCUAGUAUUUAGAAAUAGUAGAACGUUUACAGUUACCGUUGACUCGUGCCAAAUCACCAAAGUUGACCCGGGGAAGGAGCUGCAACGAUUCACACCAUUUGACCACUGACGACAAGUGUUCAUCUUCACGUAAUGUACCUCUCAAGGGACGCCGUUGCAUAACUCCAAAUUCUAACCGGAACAAAUAAUUACAAAGUUAAGGAACAUUGUUGCCACAACACCUGUAAAACUCCAUCUUGUAAGUCAUUCAAGUAGAGCAAUUGCUUAGUCAUGACUUAGGUUUUGAAUUUGGUUGGCUUUUCAUGAGAAGCAGAUUGGCGCAAACGUGCCGUUGUAAUUUGUAAGUGCAUCUAAGUUUUGGGAUAUUGUUUUUUGUAUAAAGUUAACUCUUAUAGACCA